AUGGUGUCCUCAGCGUUCCUCUCCAGCCUCCUUCUUGCUCCACAUCUCGCCAUCGCUCAAUCCUCUACAGCAGCGUCUCGCGCUUCAUCGAUCACUACAUUUGCAGCUCAGUUCACUGUCCCAGCAAGCGCCGAUGAAGGAGCCACCCUUCUACCCAACAUUUAUGAUCCGUCAGCUCCGAAUGCUCAGGCCCGCUGCCCUGGAUAUACUGCCAGCAACGUCAAGGCAUAUUCCACAAGGCUAACCGCACAUUUGACAUUGGCCGGGACGGCCUGCAAUGCGUAUGGAAGUGAUAUUCAUGAUCUUGACUUGACUGUUGAAUAUCAAACCAAUGCCCGACUACAUGUGAAUAUCCGCCCUUCCCACAUCACUGCCCAUAAUGAGAGCUGGUACCUCCUGGAUGCCGCUUACGUUCCCGCUCCCCGUCAGGGGAAUGGUCAAAUGACAACCAGUGAUUUGACAUUUUCGUGGGCCAAUUCACGAAACAGUGGCUUCGGAUUCAACGUCACGCGAAACAGUACGGGGAACGUUUUAUUUUCAACCACUGGGACCAAGUUGGUCUACGAAAAUCAGUUUAUCGAACUGGUCACUCAUCAAGAAGAAAACUACAAUCUCUACGGUCUUGGUGAAGUCAUUCAUGGCCUGAGAUUAGGCAAUAAUCUUACUCGAACUCUCUACGCUGCAGACGUUGGUGAUCCGAUCGAUCGGAAUCUUUAUGGCAGCCACCCGUUCUAUUUGCAGACCAAAUACUUUGAAGUCGAGGAGGGCAACAGUAUCACGUUGGUGACUGAACAACUGAAUACCACGGAGGCCACCAGGAACUACACUUCUUCGACCCACGGAGUCUACUUCAGAAAUGCCCACGGUAUGGAAGUUCUGCUGAAUCCCAACAAUGUCACGUGGAGAACACUGGGUGGUAGCAUAGAUUUAUACUUCUUUUCAGGCCCGACCCAACCAGAUGUCACUCGUCAAUAUCUCAACGUCAUCGGCAAGCCAGCUCUACAAAACUAUUGGGGAUUUGGAUUUCAUCAAUGCCGAUGGGGCUAUCAAAACUGGUCCGUCACUGAAGGUGUGGUCAGCAACUAUGAAAAAUUUGGGAUUCCUCUCGAAGUCAUCUGGAAUGAUAUCGAUUACAUGAACCAGUACCGAGAUUUCGACAAUGAUCCGAUUCGGUUUAGCUACUCUGAUGGACAGGACUUUCUCCAACGACUGCACAGCAGAGGCCAACACUACAUCCCCAUCAUAGAUUCUGCAAUAUAUGUGCCGAACCCCAGCAAUUCUAGCGACGCAUACCAAACCUUUAAUGACGGGAACGACACCAAGUCUUACCUCCUCAACCCAGAUGGGUCUCUGUACAUCGGUGCCGUUUGGCCCGGCUAUACGGUCUUUCCAGACUGGCUUACUCCUUCGGCGCACGCCUGGUGGAAGAACCAAAUGGUCACGUAUCAUCAAAAACUCCCCAUCGACGGCGCCUGGAUCGAUAUGAGCGAAGUGUCUUCCUUCUGUGUCGGAAGUUGCGGCACAGGCAACCUGACUUUAAAUCCCGUCCACCCCCCAUUCAAACUGUCGGGAGAGCCUGGCAACCAAAUUUUUGAAUAUCCAGAAGGCUUUAAUUUGACAAAUGCUACCCAAGCCGCAUCAGCCUCGUCAGCAUCAGAAUCUCAAGCGUCAGCCACGGCCACUUCAAGCGCGAGUUCGAGUACAUCCACGAGCUAUUUCAGAAGCACGCCCACCCCAGGUCAAAGAAACAUCAAUCACCCUCCUUACGUCCUCAACCAUGUCCAAGGAGACCUGGCAGUGCACGCCGUUUCUCCCAAUGCCACACAUCAUAAUGGUAUUCAGGAAUACGACGUCCAUAAUCUCUACGGCCACCAAAUUCUCCAAUCGACUUAUGCAGCCCUUUUAGCGGUCAUUCCCGGCAAACGACCCUUCAUCAUCGGCCGGUCGACAUUUCCGGGCUCCGGUGCUGUUGCAGGGCAUUGGGGCGGUGACAAUGCUUCCAAGUUCUACUACAUGUACUUCUCCAUCCCUCAGGCAUUGAGCUUCUCACUCUUUGGAAUCCCGAUGUUCGGUGUUGACACGUGUGGUUUCAACGGAAACAGUGACGAGGAACUGUGUACUCGCUGGAUGCAGCUCAGCGCCUUUUUCCCUUUCUAUCGGAACCACAAUGUGAUCUCGGCGAUCUCUCAGGAAGCAUACACGUGGGUCUCAACCAUUGACGCAACAAAGAUCGCCAUGAACAUCCGCUUCCAACUGCUUCCCUACCUGUAUACGCUUUUCUACCAGGCACAUACUCGAGGCGAUACCGUUAUGCGUGCUCUGGCAUGGGAGUUCCCGCAAGACCCAUCCCUCGCAAAUGCUGAUCGACAGUUCUUCCUGGGCCCUUCUAUCCUCGUAACACCGGUCCUCACACAAGGUGCCACUACUGUCGACGGCGUUUUCCCGGGUCUCGUCGAAGGCACCGACGUCUACUAUGACUGGUACAAUAAAAUUCCUGUACCCGUUCCGAGCACCAAAAAUACCACCAUUGCCGCUCCCCUGGGUCAUAUUCCAGUCUACAUUCGAGGCGGAUCGGUCCUGGCCACACAAUCGAUGGCCAUGACCACGCGCGACGCCCGCAAAACUCAAUGGUCAAUCAUCGUCGCGCCUGGCGUUGACGGCACAGCGACCGGUUCCCUAUAUCUAGACGACGGCGAAUCCCUGACACCCAACGCAACCAAAAUUGUUACCAUGACUGCAGCAAUGGGUUCUCUCAACGUCACUGUCUCAGGCAACUAUACCGGCUUAGAUCUCCCAUUGGCAAAUAUCACCAUCCUCGGCGUCCAGACGAAACCGGCCAGUAGUGCCGUGAGAAUCAACGGACUGACUGUCGCCAAUAGUAUCUACGAUUCUGAUACGAAGACGCUGUUCAUCGGUCCCUUGCAAAAUGUGCUUGGAGGCAAGAUCUGGAGUGGGAAUUGGACGUUGUCUUAA